AUGAAUUCAGGUGUUGAGUUGAGGAGAACAAAGUCACCUAUCAUCCAUUCAGAUAAAUUGAAGCAUAUAAAGGAAGACUUUCCAGAAUUCAGCGAGCAUCUACCACAUUUGGAUGGACGUAUAGUAGGUGGAAGUGCAGUAAAUAUUACCCAGUUGCCAUACCAAAUUUCUUUACAGUACAGAGGUCAACAUAUUUGUGGUGGAUCCAUAAUCCAUCGUUCCUUCAUACUAACAGCAGCACAUUGUGUAGACGGAUUUCAGACGAGUAGACUACAAGUGAGAGCUGGUUCGACCAACAUUGUUUCUGGAGGUUUUACAUCCAAAGUGUGUUCUGCUACUAAACAUGGAUUGUAUAAUAAAUUUUCUCAAGAUAAUGAUAUAGCGAUUUUACAGCUCUGCAAAUCUCUACCUAUUGGAGAUGGAAUUCGUAUAGUGCAACUUCCCAAACAAGGAGAACAAAUCAAAGCUGGAUUAUUAGCAACAGUCAGUGGCUGGGGCUAUACAUCUGAAGGUGGUGGUCAAACAACAAAGAGUCUUCAGCAAGUUAGAGUACCCGUAGUGGAACAACAAACUUGCAAACGUUUAUAUCGUUCAACAGGCCACAUUACGGACAAUAUGAUAUGUGCAGGAGAAACUAAAGGAGGAAAAGAUUCUUGUCAGGGUGAUUCAGGUGGGCCCCUUGUAUCAAAUGGUAAACUGGUUGGAGUUGUAUCAUGGGGAUAUGGUUGUGCCAGACCACGUUUCCCUGGGGUUUACACCAGAGUAUCCAAAUAUAGGAACUGGGUUAAAUACAAUGCUAAUAUAUAAGAAUGGUUAUAUUAGUCGAAAUAGAUUAUUUCAUCGACCAGUACAUCAUAAGCGGACAUUUCACUCACGUAUCUCAAUUACUAAAAAAAAAAACAUGUAUAUCUCAAAUACCUAAUGUAUAAGUCAGUUUGCAUCAUCAAACAACAAAUAGUACGUACAAAAUGAAAUGUAACAAUUAUCAAGUAACAUACAUGCAAAAGUUACCAUGUGCGUAAUAUAUACAGGAUGAUUCACCGCGUUGGCCAAUUAGGCGUUUAUGGAAAAAUAAUCAUAAUUCUGUUCUAAAAAUGUUCAUUUAAAAUCUUUACAAUUUUUCAUUAUACCGGAAAGAGACUACGACUUCCUUAUUUUAAUUGGCACACCCAGUAUAUUAUUGCAUCAUUAGACAGCCCCUUUGAUGACAAUUUCCGCAAUAUGUUAUACCACGGGUAAAAACUCAACGGUUCAUAAGUUAAUGGGAUUCUUAUGAAAUAAAUGAUGGCGAUUAGGACUCACAUCUUUUUGAAUAUUUCUGUAGCAGCAGUUUUUUUCGAAGAAACCUUUUUCAUUUUCGAUUCUGCGAAUACGUAGUAUUAUAAGACUGUUUGCGGUCUGAAGCAGAAAUGUAGAGGGUGUUCAUCAGAAGAUCAUGAACUUGGACAACUCAAAUUCAUAAAAAUUAAAGAUUUUUAAAUUAGAACCUAUAUAUUUUUUUAAGUCAAUUCUACGUAGAAGAGAAGGGGAUUUUAUUUAAAAUAAGAAAAAACCGCAAUUUAUAACUGUGUGGAGUAGUAUAUGACAGAAAGAAACUGAAAUUCGAUUUUUGGAUAACUCAAUUUGAAAUUUCAUGAAUUGUAAUUGAUUUUUCGUUGGGAUUUCACGUUAACUUUUCAAGUAUUCAUUUCAGGUAUAAGGUUUGUUGAAGUAACCUCCCUUCUCUUUAUACGUAGAAUUGACUGAAAUAAUAAAAAAUAUGGGUUUUAAUUUGAAAUUAGAGCGUUUUGAUUAAUUUGAAUUGUCCAAGUUCAUGAUCUUUUGAUGAACAUGUUUGGUCCAAACCGCAAACAGUCUUAUAAUACUACGUAUUUGCAGAAUCAAAAAUGGAAAAGAUUUUUUCGAAAAAAUUUAUUUCAGGAAUAUUCGAGAAACUGUCAGUCCUCGUCGCCUUUUUCCAUAAGAUUUCAAUUAACUCAUGAACCGUUGAGUUUAUACCCAAGGCAUGGCAUAUUGCUGAAAUUGUCAUCAAAUAAACUAUCUAAUGAUGCAAUAAUAAACUGGAUGUGCUAUUUCAGUUAAGAACGUAGUGGUUUCGAUAUAACCGGCAGUUGUAGAGAUCUGAAAAUAUUUAAGGGAGAAAAAUUAUUGUCUCAAACCCCAACAUGCAAAUUUUCAGCAGAAAAUUAUGAUUAGUAUUUCAUA